AUGAAUACUCAAAUUGGAGUAUAUCCCCUGUGUGUUAGUAUUUACGAUAUUGAUAUUGUAUAUUCUGGUUCUGGAGAAACUUCUAUUGAAAGUGAUGUGUUGCAACUUGAAUACAAUAAAGAAUUAAAUAGUGAGGAUGAUCCAUUAGCAAUUGUACCAGCAUUUGGCGAUCAAACAGUAGAUGUAUUUGAUGUUGAAAAUGAUUUAAUAAUCACUAACAGAUCGCAAAAGGAGAUAAUGGUGGAUCAGAUAUACAUCGAUAAGUCGACAUUGAAAGAUGAUGGGGUGCAUUCAGAUUGUCGUGCAACAAGUUCGUUGAUUGGAGGAAUAAUAGCACCUAAAUUGAGGAAUCAUAAGAGGAAGUACAGUCCAAAUGAUAUUAAAGAUGACAUUAAGUUGGACUUGGGUAUUGAUAUUAAUUACAUGUUGGCAUGGCGAUCAAAGGAGAAGGCAUUAGAAUCUAUCAUGGGGCAACCAGCUGCGUCUUACGGGAAGCUACCAGGAUACUUGUAUACGUUGGAUAAGACGUAUCCUGGUUCACAUAUACGAAUGCAGAAAACACCUAAUGACGAAUUUUUGUAUGUUUUUAUAGCGCUGGAUGCUUUUAUAAAGGGAUUUGAUCAUUGCAGGCCAAUUGUUGUUGUAGACGCCAGCCACCUCAAAUCAGCAUACACUGGUGCAUUCGUAUCAGCCAGCACUAUGGAUGGAGCAGGGAAUAUAUUACCUUUGGCAUACGGAGUUAUAGAUUCGGAAAAUGAUGCUUCUUGGACAUGGUUCUUUGAACAAUUCAAAGAAGCAUAUGGAGAAAGAGAGAAUAUGUGCGUAGUAUCUGACCGACAUAAUAGCAUAAUUAAGGCUCUAUCUAUUGUAUACAACAAUGUCCAACAUUACGCCUGCGUAUGGCACUUGUGGGCUAAUGUAUGUAAGAAUUUUCGAAAAGCAAAUGAUCAAUUGAGUGAAGUAUUCUACACUAUGGCAAAGGCAUAUACUCAAAGUGAUUUUGAUAAGCUAAUGAAAAGGGGUGAGCAGUUUGAUGUAAGGGUUAAGAAUUACUUGGAGAUGGUUGGAUAUGAGAAGUGGGCAAGGUUGUAUGCACCAGUUCCUCGUGGUUGGGUUAUGACAUCAAAUAUUGCAGAGUGCAUCAAUUCGACGUUAGUAGCAGCAAGAGAAUUACCAAUAUUUGACUUUCUUGAACAAGUGCGAUUGAUGUUUGCUAGAUGGAAUUGCACAAAUCGGAAAAAUGCAUCGUGCACAUUCACACUGCUUGGGAAGAAGUUUCAAGAGAUGCUUUUGCUUAAUGAAUCAAAAUCUGGGCGUAUGAUGGAAUAUUUUUAUAAGCGAGGAACAAUAUUGAAAACAUAUGAAGUCCCUAUAUAUCCUCUACCUGACAAAAGUGAAUGGAACAUACCUGAACACAUUGCUACCGAAGUUGUGUUGCCACCAAAAUUCAAGCGACCUCCAGGAAGGCCAAAAAAGCAACGUGAAAAGUUAUUUAGCGAGCUGAGCAAAAGGAAGGGUACCAAUUCUUGUAGUACAUGUGGACAACAAGAUCAUAAUAGGCGUUCAUGUCGAACUGCAACACGAAAUGCAUAG